UGAAAUAAUCAGCAGGAGCUUGAUCUCCGAGAUCAAUAUCUCAUGCCUGUCAGGCGCUCGCAUAAAAAGUCGCGUAAUGGCUGUGCCCAGUGUAAACAGCGUCGCGUCAAGUGUGACGAGAUGGGCCCAGUAUGCGCAAACUGUGCAAGACGUCAACUUCCAUGUUCCUUUCUCACCGACACCGACGAGACCACACCCAGCAAUGGCGCCUCCGAAAGCCCUGCUCAACUACCACUCCCACCCCCUCCACGCCCGCGUUCAAGACCGACAUCAUCAACUUUGCGCGCACAACCAUCCCACCUUCCGACACCACCAGACAUCCGCCAAACAGCCACUACGCCUGUGCCCGAGUCGUCGCAGAUCCAAGCGAGACACCUGUUGGAGCUUGAGCUCAUGCACCACUACUCGACCUCGACCUACAUGAGCUGUGUUGGACUUCGAGAGAGCGCUGCAACGGUUAAUGCCUGGAAACGUUUCGUACCUCGAGAGGCCUUGAAGUACGAUUUCCUCUUGUACGGACUGUUGGCGUUCACCGCGCUACACAUUUCCAAAUUGACACGACCCCCAACCGAGGAUAAGUCCGGUGAUGACAAAACCAUGAUCAUGGACGGUGGUCGUGAAACGACCAUGUUUUCCGCGCCGUCGUCCUUUUAUUUCCAGAAGGCCCUCGAGUACCAAGACGAAGCAUUUCAGUCGUUCCGCUCGGUCCUCGACCACAUCACACAGGACAACUGCAACGCCGCUUUUGCCUUUUCCGUCCUCACGACGCUCCUGGUCAUUGCGGUCCCCGGCUUCGAGGAUGGGAGUGAGAAAGACCCGGCCAACAAGACGAUGCAAGCGGUCUUCACCAUGUUCGAGUUCCUCAAGGGCCUCGGCUCUAUCAUCGACGCCAGUGAGGAGUGGUUUUACCAGGGCCCCUGGGCGCACGUGCUCGUCCAUUUCCACGAAUUCCAAGACGGCAAAUGGGAGCUUUCGAACCAGGACAGCCUGCAGGUCCUGCGUCAACUGUCGAGCCUGAAUGAGGAGCUCAACGACGCGACGGACUCGGCCGACAAUUCCAAGUUCAAAGUCAACAAACGUGCCAUUGACAAUCUCGAGCUGUGCUUCGCCAAGUACGACAUUUCUGGUGAUGCAGGGGUAGGUGGUGCCGAGGGCCCGACGACCGGUGGAAACGAAGUCGGUGACAAGGGCCACAUCUUGGGCUGGCUGGCCAUGGCCGGCGCCGACUUUGUCUCGUUGCUUCACCACGGCGACUCUCUGGCGCUCUUGAUCUUCCUACACUGGGCCGUCUUGUUGAGGAACCUCGAGUCGUUCUGGUGGUCGCACAACUCUGCAAAGGCCCUGGUCGCCGAGGUCGCGAGCAUGUUGCACCCCCGGGGCAGUGAGUGGGAGCAUCGGACCAUGUGGGCUCGUGAAAAGGUCGGUUUACCUUGGUAACACGCAGUACUGAGUACUCUGUAAUACUAGGGGGGAUUCCGUCACUUGAGAAAUGACACCAGAAAGCAAAUGUUAGAGGUUAUUGUUCGAGAUUACUACCCAAUAUGUUAAUCAGUACGGAGUAUUA